AUGGCGGUGAGAGGGCAUUGGGGUAAGAGAGAAUGGGGGGUGAGAGGGCAUUGGGGAUAUGAGAGCAUUGCCACUCCUCCCCCUCCUCCCGACCUCCUCUCUUCACUCCCCACCCUCCACAUUCUGCGCUCCCCUUUGCCGUCGUCCUCUUCAUCCGUCUCCAUCUAUCCACCCUUUCUCUUUGUCCUCGUCCCUCCAUCUCUCUUUAUCUGCACUCCUCUCUCCUUGCUCUCCUCUUCCCCAUCCCACGCCCCAUCCCCCCGCUCCCUCCGUCUUAUCAUCGCCAUCCGUGUGUCACUAAGGAUGCAUUUCCCCUCCUCUUCCCUACGUUUUGUCCCUCUCCCCUGCAUUUCCCCCUCUCUUCCAUGCGUUUCCCCAUCUCCCCUGCGUUUCCCUCUUUCUCCCCUGCGUUUCCCCCCCUCCCCUUCGUUUCCGCCCCUUUCCUUGCUUUUCCCCCCUCUUCCCUGCGUAUCCCCUCCUCUUCUUUUCGUUCCCCCCCACUUCCCUGCGUUUUCCCCCCUCUUCCAUGCGUGGCUCCCCUCUCUUCCCUGCUUUCCCCCCACACCUCCCUGCCUUUCCCCCCUAUCCCUCUCCCCCUUUCCCCUCUUCCCCAUUCCCUCCACCACGCCUCCUCGCGCACUCCUGCUGCGCCCACUCCUCCCUCCCCCACUUCCCCCUUGCCCGCUCCCCUGCUCCCACGACCCCCUCGCGCACUCCGCCCUCGCGCAUGACCCCCGGCAGUUCAAGGCAGUGGACCAUCCGCCCUUCUUCACGGGGUUGGACUGCAUCUACCAGGCCCGAGGCAAGCUAGCUGACACGGUGGCACUGCCAUGCCACCAUCCGCCCUUCUUCACGGGGCUGGACUACACCUACCAGGCCCGAGGCGAUGUGAGGCACGCACUGGGAGGUGUGCGGCCAAGGGGGCGGGAGGAGAGGGGUGCACUGGAAGGUAAAGGGUGCUCAUUGGGGGGAGGGGUCGCACUGGAGGGUGACGGGGUGCAUUGGGGGGUGAGGGAAGCACUGGGAGGUAUUGGGACGUAUUGGGAGGUGCGGGAGGUAUUGGUUCCGCCUGGGUUGUGGAAUGUAAGAUAG